AGAAGUUAAUGGACAAGGCGAUGAAGUUGUCUGGUAUCUUCCCCACCAUCCCGUUAGACACCCAAUGAAGCCAAAUAAGGUCAGGAUCGUGUUUGACUGUGCGGCGAAGUUCUGCAAUGGGUCACUCAAUGACCAACUCCUGAGUGGACCAGACUUCACGAACAGUCUGGUUGGAGUCCUCCUACGAUUCAGGCAAGAGAGGAUAGCCCUUGUAGCAGAUAUCGAAGGGAUGUUCCAUCAAGUCCGGGUAACACCAAGGGAUGCUGGAGCCUUGAGAUUCCUAUGGUGGGACAACGGAGACCUGGAUAAGACUCCCAAGGAAUACCAGAUGUUAGUUCAUCUUUUCGGAGCCACAUCAUCUCCAAGUUGUGCUGGAUUCGCACUACGCAAGACGGUAGAAGACAACCAGCAGGACUUUGAUCCUGAAGUUUCCCAGACAGUCCUGGAGAAUUUCUACGUCGACGACUGUUUGAAGUCCAUCUCCUCAAGAGAGGAAGGAAAGAGACUGGUGUCCCAGCUGUGCGAGAUCCUGAAGAGAGGUGGAUUCAGGCUUACAAAGUGGGUCAGCAACGACAGAGAGGUUCUCUCUGCAGUGCCUUCAACAGAACGGGCAGCGUCAGUUGUAGACUUGGAUUUUGACCACCUACCAAUCGAGAGAACUCUUGGAGUUCUGUGGGACAUGAACUCAGACUCAUUUGGGUUCAAGGUAUCACCUAAGGAUGUACCAACUACCAGAAGAGGCCUCCUGUCCGCAACAAGCUCAUUAUACGACCCAUUGGGAUUUGUGGCUCCCUUCAGCUUAAACGCAAAGAUUCUGUUGCAGGAUCUCUGUGCCCAAGGACUAGGCUGGGAUGAGACAGUGGGGAAAGAUGAGCUACAGCGGUGGACGUCCUGGCUAUCAGAACUACCAGAGUUGUCAUCAGUAAAGAUAGACAGGUGCUUCAAACCAACAGGGUUUGUUGAUCCCAGCUACGACCUCCAUAUCUUCUGUGAUGCUUCAGAGAGAGCAUAUGCUGCAUGCGCAUACCUGAGGGUCACAGACACAGACGAUCGCAUACAUUGCGCAUUCGUGAUGGGCAAGACAAGACUAUGUCCUCUCAAGAAGAUGUCUGUUCCAAGACUGGAAUUAUCAGCGGCUGCGCUGGGAGUUAAGCUUGGUCAGACGAUCAAGGAGGAACUCAGGUUGCCCUUAAGGAACACCACGUACUGGACAGAUUCGACAUCAGUUCUACAGUACAUCUCCAACGAGAGUAGGCGAUUUCAGACGUUUGUAGCUAACCGGGUAGCCAAGAUCCAAUCCAUGAGUGAGAGGUCUCAGUGGAGACAUGUGAGUACUCACGCUAACCCUGCAGAUGACGGAUCGAGGGGCAUGCCUGCAGGAAAACUAGCAAGGUGGCUCCAAGGACCAAGCUUCCUGGUUAAGGAAGAACGCGAGUGGCCAGUCUCCCCUCCAAGUCUAGUGAAGACCGAUACAACAACACUGGAUCUUCUCGUUCCUGAAGUCAAGAAGAAGCAAGUGUUUGCAACAAUGUCCGAGGACAUCUUGGAAAGACUCAUGGCCAAGUAUUCAACAUGGCAACGACUGAAGAGAGGUGUCGCAUGGAUACUUCGAUACAAGACUUACCUCAAGCUUCGAGUCAGCAGAGGUAUAGCCUCAUUGAAGAAAGGAGACCUGACGCUCGAGGAGUUGAAUGCAGCCGAGCGAGAAGUCAUUAAGCACGUCCAGAGGCAAGCUUUCCCAAUUGCAACGAAUGACAAGGGAAAUAACGGCAGACUUCAACAAGCAAGCACCCUCUCUAAGUUAACCCCAGUAAUGAAGGAUGGGUUGUUGAGAGUAGGAGGGAGACUGACCAAGGCCCCUAUCAGUGACGAGAUGAAGCACCCUCUCAUCUUGCCACACGAUCACCACGUGACCAAGUUGUUGGUAAUGUACUACCACCAAGAGGUCGGCCAUUCAGGAGCAGGCAUGACGUGGACUGCACUGAGGGACAGGUAUUGGAUCCUCAAGGGCGGGGCCACUGUCAGACGAGUCAUAGGUAACUGCUUCCAAUGCAAGAAGAGGAAUUCAGCAAGAGGCCGGCAGUUUAUGGCGGACUUGCCAGUAGAGCGAGUGACGCCAGACCACCCACCGUUCACCAACCCUGGUGUAGACUUCUUUGGACCAUUCUAUGUCAAACAGGGCAGGAGUGAGGUGAAAAGAUAUGGGUGUGUAUUUACAUGUUUAGCUACCAGAGCAGUACACAUCGAAGUUGCCAACUCACUGGAAACAGACUCCUUCAUAAAUGCGCUAAGAAGGUUCAUCAACAGGAGGGGCAGUCCAGAAAAGAUCUUGAGCGACAAUGGAACAAACUUCAAAGGAGCCUACAGAGAACUCAAGGAAGGCUUAGACAAACUGAACUCAAAGAAGGUUGACCUCUUUCUUAUGCAGAAGGGGAUAGCAUGGGAGUUCAACCCACCAGGCGCUAGUCACAUGGGAGGAGCCUGGGAGAGAAUGAUAAGAUCUAUCAGAAGAAUCCUCGGAAGUCUCCUCAAACAGCAGCUGGUCAACGAUGAAACACUCACGACAUUGAUGACAGAGGUAGAAGCAAUAUUAAAUGCAAGACCUUUGACACAACUGAGCCUUGAUCCUCGAGACGAGGAACCUUUGACGCCGAACCACUUACUCUUGCUGAGGAAGAAUCCCUCUCUGCCACCUGGAACCUUUACGAAGGAAGACAGCUAUUUACAGAGAAGAUGGCGUCAAGUCCAAUUCUUGGCUAACCAAUUCUGGAAGAGGUGGAUAAAAGAAUAUCUCCCCCUCUUGCAACAGAGACAAAAAUGGACUAGAGUUGAGAGGAAUUUCCAGACAGACGACCUGGUCCUUGUAGCCGAUGAUAGCUCGCCUCGCGGUAAAUGGCCACUAGGAAAGGUCACAGCGACAUAUCCUGACAGACACGGACGUGUCAGACAGGUAGAAGUGAGAGUCGGGUCAAAAUACUACAAAAGACCAAUAUCUAAACUCUGUCUCCUAGAAGCAGGAAAGGACACUGCUCAAUAGUUUGUCCAAUCCAAUAUUUGAAGUACAAUAUAUAUGCCUGAUAUUGAGAGUUAUCUAGACAUCAAGUGUUUAUUAGAAGUAUAUAAAUCCUUAUGAUUUGUAGGAUUUUAGAGAACGUUUCAUAUUGCUGAUUUGUUGAUUGAUUGAACGAUACAAAUUGUACUUCUUUAUGUUAUUCAUGAAAGUCAUUCAUAUUUGAAUUUACGUGCUAAGGUAAUUUAGCAUGCAUUCCAUCCAUAAUGUUGAUGAUUUAUUUGGUUAUGUUUAAUUACGUGCAUUGAAGUUUACCAUACUUAUAGACUGAUUUAUGCCGCUAUCAUUCAUGUGUAAUGUAUAGAGAAAUGAGUAACUGGUAGUUAGCUCAUUUUGGGGCCGGUGAUGUAGCGUCAUAAGCAUGUUAUAUUGAAAUUGAAUCAUGUAUUCACAAACAAGUUCUCCUUUCCCUCUGAGAUUAUGUAACAGAGUUCCCCUGUUUGUUCAUGGAACAGCCCAGGGUCCAGUGGGGUGUUUGUUUAGGGCUAAUUUGCAUAAACUUGGCUUGUAGAGCAUCUCAUGGGAUGCAUGCAACAUCCUACAGUGCAGACCGAAUUACACAGGAAAGGAGUUAGCAACUCAAUUUAGAAUUGUGUGAAGUUUGGAGGAUCUUUCAUUGUAUUCAUCUAUUAGAACCGGGAUAUUUAACAGUUGUAAACCACACUAUCAGUACGAUCGACGACACUAUUGCCACGACACCAUCCACUAUCGCGAUAUACUAUAGACAUCACUAUCGCCAUAUACUAUCGACAUCACUACCACUACACGUUUCUACAUUUGUUCUGGAUUUAUUGAGACUGUCGUCGAUGUUUAGACUUGAAUAAAGGCACGAGCUAGUUUAUACUGCA